CUGGAGAUGUGCCACUCAGAUGGGAGGAGUGUUAAAGCUGAGUGGGUGUAUGCUGGGGGUGGUGGUCUUAACAAGCAGGUUCUGUGGAAAUGCAUGAGACGUGAACCAUGUUUUCAUCAGUGGGGGGUGGACAUGCUGUGUGUUUGUACAUGCUGAUGUGUGUGUGUGAGUGUCAAGCGCUUUGACUGUUUCUCGUCUUGUUUGAGCAGUUCAGGCACUUUGGCUCACACUCUGAACACACUGUGAUUUCUCAUCCACUGCAUCAGGUGUCAGUGAAGCCUUUACCCCAAAGCUGGUGUUGGUUAGUGCAGACACACCCUGUGGAUAGCGGAACCCAUUUGUAGUCACAUAAUCACCACAACUGGAGACCAGAAAUGGAGAACAAAACAUCAGGAAUAAGCGAGGGCCUCCAUUUGAACUGCAGUAUGUCUGGAAGACACAGCUUCAUCUUCACCUUCAUCCCCGUCGUCUACGGAUGCAAUUUCGUCAUUGGGAUCAUUGGCAAUAGCAUGGUGGUGGCUGUCAUCUACCGCUACAUGAAGUUGAAGACAGUAGCAAACGUGUUUGUACUCAAUCUAGCCAUAUCAGACCUCACCUUCCUCAUUACACUACCUUUGUGGGCCACUUUCACGGCUAUGGGUUACCACUGGCCAUUUGGGACCUUCCUGUGCAAGGCAAGUGCCGGAUUGGUCAUCUUCAACCUCUACACUAGCAUAUUCUUCCUCACUGCUCUUAGCAUUGAUCGAUAUCUUGCUAUCGUACAUCCAGUGCGCUCCAGACGCCAACGCACGCUUUUCUACGCUAACCUCACGUGUGUACUCAUAUGGCUGUUUGCCUUGCUCCUCAGUGCUCCUACAGCACUAAGCCGGGACGUGUACGACAUUGGGAACUCUACAUUGUGCGCUGUGUGGCACCGCAGUGAGCAACUUAACUUGCUAGUUAGCCUUAGCGUGCUAAAAAGCGUGCUGGGUUUCAUUGUGCCUUUCCUCAUCAUCAUCACCUGCUAUUGCCUGAUUGGUCGGGCACUUCUGGACUCCAGGGGUCUGUUGAGGAAAAGCGUUCGCUCUCGGGAAGACGAAACUCUACGUAUGAUAGCGGCUACUGUGCUAGCUUUCUUUGUUUGCUGGGCUCCUCACCAAGCUUUCCACUUCAUGGAGCUGCUGGCCACGCUCGGCGUAGUGGAAAACUGCCAAACACUGGACGUUAUUGACACAGCCAUGCCGUUUACCAUCUGCAUCUCCUAUUUAAACAGUUGUGUAAACCCCAUUCUUUAUGGGUUUGUUGGACACAACUUUCGCAAGAACCUACUGAGGUUACUAGGCUGUGGGUCUGGACAAUCUAGCAAUAACUUUAGCAUUAGCUCAAAGAUGAAUGUCAAAUCCCAUUGUACCUCUGUUCUGCUCAACCCAACAAGCUCCAAGAACCAGUCAACAUCCACUGUUAAGACAUCUUGAGUGUAAAAGGCACAGCUGGAAUUAUGUAUUUAUCUGUUUUGGGGAUUUUGAAUGGUACUAUAUGCACUGCCAAAGCAUAGAUCUGAUAAAUAUAUGAGUUACUGUGUCAAUAAAAAUGCUCUCGGUAACACUUUAGUAUAGGGUCCAAUUCACACUAUUAAUUAGUUGCUUAUUAGCAUGUCUAUUUUUAACAUAUUGGCUGUUUAUUAGUGUUUAUAAAGUAAAUAUAAUGCAUGACAUCCUAAUUCCUACCCAAUUCCCUAAACUUAACAACUACCUUAUAAACUAUUAAUAAGCAGCAAAUAAGUAGUUAAUUGAGGCAAAAGUCAUAGUUAAUGAUUAGUUAAUAGUGAGAAUUGGACCCUUAAAUAAAGUGUGACCAUGCUCUCUAAUCAAGGGGGCGACAGAAUUGUCUUCAAAUGUCAGUUCCAUUAAAAUGUUUUAAUCUGCUAUAACUAUCUUAACUCACUUGUCAAGAUUCUUCAUCAUGACUGCAGAGAAAACUAAAAAAAAUAAAAAAAUAAAAAAAUUCUGUUUAUGCCAGUAUCUGUUAGUGCCUAUAACUAACAGUCUGCUUCUCUGGUAAGUUUUCUUUUUCAAGUCAACUGUGCAUCAUGUUAUUUGUGGUCUAACACAUUAUGAAUGCAAAUUAAUCACAGAUUAAUGCACUUAAUUUGGCAUUUGGCUACAUGCACUGAAAUAUAACUUUAUUUUCAUAACAAUGGACCAUAUUAAA